CUUUCAACCUGAAUCAUAGCAGAAAGAAGAGGGGAAAAUGGACGGAGUGGGGUCUUUCGGCGCUGGAAGAGCUGGGGCUGAAUUCGACCUCAUCUCUUUUAUACAACAGCCGCAGACCAUUCUCAGGAUAUUAGCAUGGAUGUUGACGUAUUGAUGCCAUGGACGCGGUGACCGGAGCGCGCGUGAUUUCAGCACUGUGAGAUUUUCUCAAUGGUGGUAUUUGGCUCCAUAAUAAACGAAGGCUAUGUUAACGUCGGAAGUGAGAUUCUACAUUGUGUUUUCAACAAGAACAAUGAUGCCUGCAAUUACGGUAUCACCAUUGGGCUCAUAGCCUUUUUGGCAUGCAUCUUUUUCUUCGUCCUUGACAUGAAGUUCCAACAAAUCAGCAGUGUUAAAGACAGGAAGAAGGCAGUCUUGCUGGAGAUUGGAUUUUCAGGUUUGUGGACGUUCCUGUGGUUUGUUAGUUUCUGUUUCUUGGUGAACCAGUGGCAGCGCACUAGACCAGACGAUCUGCCAAUGAACCAGGGAGCUGAUGCAGCCAGAGCUGCCAUAGCUUUCUCCUUCUUCUCUAUCUUCACCUGGGCUGGUCUAACAGUGAGAGCAGUGCAGAAGUAUCUUCUGGGGACAGACAUGUCUCUUUUCACCACAGAACAUGUGGAUGGAAACCAACCUAUCCAGCCGUUCCCCACCAUACCUGCCACAGAGCCCACCGACGCGUACCAGAGCCCACCUUUCACUGAGAAACCGGACCCCAACGCCCCGACUUACCAGGUGCCAAUUUACUAGAGGAGCCGAGAGGUUCUGGCCUUUCUUCAAGAUGACGUGGUGUGACAGUGUUCAUAGAUAGUGCUGUGCUGUGACCUUCUGUACAAGAGUUUGUCGAUUGUGACUUUUUUUAUUUCACUCGGGCCUAUAUGGAUAGUUAAACAUUAAUUUACGGGUUGAAUUGAAGAAGAAAUUAAAUAAGAUGUCUCUUCUAUGUAUGACAGGAUUUAUUCUGGUCCAUCUAGGUCACUAAAACAAGGAAAUGUCAGCUGUGUUUUUGACGGAAAUAAAAGAACCUAAAAACAGCGUGUGAUAUAAAACAUCAAGGCUGUUUUACCUUUGGGUGAGAAAAAUAUGCAUGUGCAACAUAUUCAGAAAUUGUUUAACUGUCAUGCAUCAAAGAUACCUUGAAACUUUACAUUGAGUGUUUAUGUGGAUAUAAAGUGCAAUAUUUAAAAGUUAUUACGUAUGAAAGUAGUCUUCAGAUUCUAUUAAAAUAUGUUUACCAGUAACAACCUGCCAUAUUUUAGGUUAGUGUGCAGUCUUGCACAGACGGAAAUGCCAUCGUAGGUUUUCUGUGCUGAAAGUCCUCAGUGUUUAGAGGAAGCUGCCCGAGUUUAUGCGUCUGUAUCAAGGACGCACCGUUCAGUGUUUGUUCAAGGGUUCUUUACUAGGUGUGAACAAAACAAAUGAUCUACAAUCAUAAAAACAGAGGUUUAAUAACUGCAACUGUAAAUCAUACAGUUGAUGCAAAAAUACAACUCAACAUUUGUUACAAGAAACUCUUAGCCUCUUAAGAGAAAAACAUGCAUACAAUAAAACUGCAAUCAUGAAAGGACGGGAUGAAAACAAUCACACGCUCAUGUUAAUAAAAUAAAAACCUUUGUCUUAGGAAAAAGAACAUAAAGCUUUGCUGAACGGAAUGUCGAGGAAUCAAUAAAAACAUGAACUGAACAGUAGAGUUUGUAUUUAAGUUGUGAAAACGAUGUCAAUGUUUAAAAUGUUUGGUGAUCAUCAGUGCUUCAUCUGAUAUGUAGUAGGAUACCACUAAUGUUUGUG